AUGUGUGGAGAUGGGGCUGAGGAGGCCAAGUCUCACGCGCACCUGCUGGGGCAGACCUUGGAGAACCAGGCAAUUGGAGGAGGAGGAGGAACAGGGUUCAAGUUCCUGGGGAAGAGCCUCCCUCCUCCCGCCAGCAUCUGGGCCAAAGGGGCGCCAUGUGGAUAGGACCUGAGGUGCAGAAUCGAGGUGGCUGCAGGGAGACUCUGGUGGCUCUGGAUGUGGCUUCAUUUAUGCAAUGGGGACAUUAGUCAGCAAGACCUUUGACGUCGCUGCCAGCUCUGAGGACUGAGAUUUCUGAGCGGAGGACCAUCACAGGGUGACAGGAAAGAAGGCGACACCAUAAAAGGGCGUCUGCACGGCAUCUCUUAAAGCAACAUGCCAAGCUGCACUGACUUCAGUUCAGGCAAAUACUAACUGCUGCUCACAGAGACUGGGACAAGCUGCUGCUAUAGACUCUGACCACCACCACUGAAUCUUGAAAUGGCUAACAAUUUUACUACGCCCUCUACAACUCCCCAGGGAGAUGGCUGUGACCUUUACACACACCACGCCACUGCCAGGGUACUGAUGCCUCUCCAUUACAGCCUCGUCUUCAUCAUUGGGCUGGUGGGAAACUUGUUGGCCUUGGUUGUCAUUGUUCAAAAUAGGAAAAAAAUCAACUCUACCACCCUUUAUUCAACAAAUUUGGUGAUUUCUGACAUCCUUUUUACCACUGCUCUGCCUACACGGAUAGCCUACUAUGCGCUGGGCUUUGACUGGAGAAUGGGUGACGCCUUGUGCAGGAUAACCGCGCUGGUGUUCUACAUCAACACGUACGCAGGCGUGAACUUCAUGACCUGCCUGAGCAUUGACCGCUUCUUUGCUGUGGUGCAUCCCCUGCGCUACAACAAGAUGAAAAGAGUCGAAUAUGCAAAAGGUGUCUGCAUAUUUGUCUGGAUCCUAGUGUUUGCUCAAACACUCCCACUACUCAUCAACCCGAUGUCUAAGAAGGAGGCGGAAAGGACUACGUGCAUGGAAUACCCCAACUUUGAAGACAUAGACUCCCUCCCCUGGAUUCUGCUUGGCGCGUGUGUCAUCGGAUACGUGUUUCCGCUCAUCAUCAUUCUCAUCUGCUAUUCUCAGAUCUGUUGCAAACUCUUUAGAACUGCCAAACAAAACCCUUUAAGUGAGAAAUCUGGCGUAAACAAAAAGGCUCUAAACACAAUUAUUUUUAUUAUUGUUGUAUUUGUUCUCUGCUUCACACCUUACCAUGUUGCAAUUAUUCAACACAUGAUUAAGAAGCUUCAUUUUCAUGAUGUUCUAGAAUGCACUCAGAAACAUUCAUUCCAGAUUUCUCUGCACUUCACAGUAUGCCUGAUGAACUUUAACUGCUGCAUGGACCCUUUUAUAUAUUUCUUUGCAUGUAAAGGGUACAAGCGGAAGGUCAUGAAGAUGCUGAAACGUCAAGUCAGUGUAUCGAUUUCCAGUGCUGUGAGGUCAGCCCCUGAAGAAAACUCACGCGAGAUGACAGAGUCCCAGAUGAUGAUACACUCCAAGACUUCAAAUGGAAAGUAAAAAGGACUAUCUUGGACUUAAUGCAAACUGGAUGACCGACUCUGCAGGACUUCAAGACAAAUGAUCAUUCAACUUUUGACUGGGAUUCCUUUCGGUUCUUUUCACUGGGCGCCAUUCGCCAUGGUCAGUGUGGCAAUAAACUGAUUGAUAUAUCAAUUCAAGAGAAUGUAAAGCAAGUUCUAACUCAUAAAUAAUGUAUCAAUGGGGAAGCUGUCGUUUUUUUUUUUGGUACCGGGG